AGCCCAACUUGACUAAGAUUACCUCUCCCUAUAUUACUCUUAUCUCAGAUUCUUUUCCCCUUCAAUUCUUUUUAGUUUCCCUGAAGAUUAAUUAAGCUUUUACUCUCUUUUUUCUUUCUCUGGAUAGUUAAAAUCAUCACUAGAAGUGUGAUAAUGGCAUCAACAAGUGCUACGCUGUUUAAAUUGCCAAAGCAAACUUUCUCUGCCGCAAGGUCAAUUCCCACUACCAAAGCAAAUCCAUCUGUCUCAAACUCUCUUGAAAGCAAAUGGAGACGUUGAGAAUUGGCUGAUGGAAUUACCUUUCUUUCUUUUAUUUCUUCGAGAGCUUCGAUUCCAGACUUACAGGAAUGAUGUUCCAAAGGGAGUAUUCAAAUUUUAUUAAUUUGAAAGCGACCACUUUUAAUUGAAGGUCAAAGAGUAAAGACUCUGCAUUCUGCUGCAAGUUUGUUUUAGAAAUACUGCAGAUGAGUGCAAAUUGGCAAAAACAAGACUUUCUGUGGCAUGAACCCAUGCAGCACCUAUAAGGUCAUAAGGCUCUUAGCCAGUACUUUUGUUGGUUCUUCACUGCCGAUAAGCACAACUAAAAAGAACAGAACAGUCAAGAUUAGUAGGAAAGUAACUGCUGCAGCUGCUGUUGCAACGACUACAAAGGAGGAAAUUACUGAGUAUGUGCUUCCUAGCUGGGCUAUGUUUGAACUUGGGAAGGCUCCUAUAUAUUGGAAAACCAUGAAUGGUCUUCCUCCAACUUCUGGAGAGAAGCUAAAGCUUUUCUAUAAUCCGGCUGCCAAAAUGCUUGUUCCAAAUGAAGAUUUUGGUAUUGGCUUUAAUGGAGGUUUUAAUCAGCCCAUUAUGUGUGGUGGUGAGCCAAGAGCGAUGCUCAGGAAAGCAAGAGGCAAAGCUGAUCCACCAAUAUAUACCAUCCAGAUAUGCAUUCCUAAGCAUGCUGUGAACUUGAUCUGCUCAUUCACAAAUGGAGUUGAUUGGGAUGGUCCUUACAGACUGCAGUUUCAAGUUCCUAAGGCUUGGCAAAACAGACCAAUUGAAUUCUUUAAUGAGGGCCUGGCACAGGAGUUGAGUAAAGAAGGUGCAUGUGAAAAAGCAAUAUUUCCGGAUACUAGUAUUGUUAUCACAAGAUGUGCUAUGAUCGGUAACCUUUCCAUCGAAGGAGGUGAUCGCUGCAAUCUUGAUCUAGUUCCAGGAUGCAUGGAUCCUGGCUCACACUUGUACAACCCUCUUGCCAAUGUAGAUGAUGGAUCCUGCUCAAUUGAUUCGGAUGUGGAGAGUUCGGUUUAGCCCAAUUAAUUUAUUACUUUAAAAGAAAAGGAAUAGAAUUACACGACUUUCUACCAACCUUUUCUAGUCGACAAAUCAAAUUCUAAUUAGGUAAAUGUUGAUAGAACUCCAAUCAUUCGAGUCUCUUUCAGUCUCCUAAUUCAGCUACUAAAAUAUAUACAAGUUUGGCAUAUUUUUUUUCA